AUGGCCAGCGCCGGGGAUGCUGUCUCUCUCUCCACCUCCACCAUGUCCGACGCCGGGGAUGACGAAGGCGACAAUGUCAUCGCCCCGGCCAACUGGCUCUCCCUCCCGUGGGAUCUGCUCGCGCGGAUCCUCUCACGUCUCACCUGCUCCGUCCACUACCUCCGUGCGGUCGUCGCGUGCAAACAGUGGGCCGACGCUCCCCUCCCCACCCCAGACCACCUCCCCGUCCAACCCCCCAUCGCCUUCUUCAGCGAAUUCUCCAGCCGUGGACCCUACUACAACCCCGCCACUGGCAUCUACCGCUACUUCCCCGGCCCGCCCCUCGACUCCUACUGCUUCGGCACCUCCCACGGCUGGCUCCUCCUCCUCUCCCCCAACUCCUUCAUCCACACAUUCAACCCCGUCACCUACGAACGCAUCUGCCGUGGACCCUACUACAACCCCGCCACUGGCAUCUACAGCUGCUUACGCGGCCUGCCCCUCGACUCCUACUGCUUCGGCACCUCCCACGGCUGGCUCCUCGUCCUCGGCUCCAACUCCUCCAUCUACACAGUCAACGUCAUCACCUACAAUUACGUUGGCCUCCCCCCCCUCCUCACUGCCCCCGCCAACAUGCUCCAAUUCAACGCUGAAACAUACCCCCACUACCGCGUGUUUUCGGACCCGCCUGGCGAUCAGGAAGUGCAUGGCGCCGUACCGGUGAUGGUCCGUCGCAGGGACCUAAUUCGCUUAUCCGUCCUCUCCUCCGACCCAGCCGAAGACCCGAACUUCACUGUGCUCAUCGUCCUCAACCACAUCACCAACAAAUACCUCUACUGCCGGAAGGGCACCGAUGCUGCGUGGGCCCCGAUAACUCUCCCCCUCGCCGACUUCCAGUGCUCCGACUUAGCGCCGACGAGGAACAAGAAAAUCUACGCCGUCGACGGCAAGAAGGAGGCCCUGAUCGCCUUCGAUCUCUCCGACCCAGCAGGAAGCAUUGCGGUCUCAUCCUACACAAUAUCCGGCGUGCCGCGACUGCCGUCGCCCGACGCCACAUUCCUACUCGAGUCGGCCGACGGCUCGCUGCUCCUCGUCAACAAGAUCUGGGAGGUGCGUGCCGCGCAGUACGACGCCGUACUUGUCGUGUUCAGGCUCGACCUCUCCGCACCGCCUCAGGCGAGGGCGCUGCCGGUCGCCGAUAUCGGUGCAAGCAACGCUUUGUUCGUCUGCGAGGGGGAGUCCAGGUGCGUCGACGUCAGCGCCUUCCCCCGCGCGUUCUCGCCAAACCACAUCUACUUUUUCCGUCCGUUCUACGGCUACAAGGCAGGGCAGGCGUUUGAGGCCGAGACGAUCGGCAUCUUCAGCUUGGAGAAAGGCGAAUUAACCGCGGAUUCGCAUCGUUUACCGCGGGGUUGGCCAUGUGUUAUCCUGGGGAAGGUUCGGUGGUUGUUUUUCAAUCUUAGGUUCAUUCAACGAUAA